GCAGCAUUCCUCUUCCUGCUGCACUUGGAGCAACAGCUUGUUUUCUUCGAGAUCUUAUUUUUCCACUUUUUAAAAAGAAAUAACGGGCAUAAUGCAGUUGCCUAACAGACCAGUCGCAGCUUAUGGAUACUCCGUGCGUAAUUACGCACCAGCAUCGCUGUACCCGCAGUACCAGGGGAGCCAGUGCGCGUCGUCAACGAAGCCUCCAAGUGGAAAAUCUUUCACUAUCGAUGCUUUGCUCGCCAAGCCGGAGGACACAACCAGCUGCCGGACGAGUCCUACUCAGUGCAGAGAGAAAUAUCAACCACCAGCCCCAGUUCUGUCCCUCACCGGACACGUAGGCUUACCGAUGGCAACGACACCUUACGUCUACUCACCAAACAUGUUGCACUCAGCGGUCCACACACAACCCGGAUAUUCAGUGUACUGCUGCCCGCCUUUCACCUACCAGUCAUCGUGCCGUGGAGCAUUUUACGCACAAGCUUCAGUGUCCAAAGUCAACGCAGGGCUGCAUUCGUUCAAAACUAAAGGUGGGAAGUCGAAACGGAUGCGCACCAGCUUCACCAGCGAGCAGCUCUCCCGGCUGGAGAAGGAGUUUGCACGGCAGCAGUACAUGGUCGGAUCAGAGAGGUUCCUCCUGGCCUCGGCGCUACAGCUCACAGAAGCUCAGGUCAAAGUCUGGUUCCAGAACCGACGCAUCAAGUGGCGCAAACAGAGUCUGGAGCAGCAACAGGCCAAGCUGGCCAAACUGGGCCUGGCUGCUCCGCCGAAAAGUCCCGGAUCUCAAGGCCACGGAGAUGAAGGAGAUGAAGAUGAGGAGUUCUCCGACUUGGAUGUGGAUAUUGACGUGUCUGAUGACUCUACUGACCACUGUUGACCGAAUACCACUGGAUUUUUGAAAGGACUUUUUGUACAUACUGCUGAGAAAGGAGGCGUGUGUCUCCUACUAUGAAUAUUUAAUAGAUGUAUAGUUAUAUAUUUAAUUUCCUACAUUUAUUGCUCUUUGAUGAGUUCACUUCAUGU